AUGUCUUUCUGCAAAAACUGGGCCUCGCCAUUUCUGAACAGCUUAUGGUCAGAAACAUCUGAAACCUGGCAAGAAAACCAGGAGGACUGGAGAAUUGUCGGGACCAACCCGUUCAAGAGAAGGUCGGAAAAUGCGUGCAAAAUAGAGCGCAGGAUUGACAUUCCAUCUAAACAGGCAGCCGAUAAUAUAGAGAACUCAUUUAGAUUUAUGUCUAUAACACCCGAAACUCAUUACUACAUCAUACAGUUUGAGAGCAAAAGGCUUGAUGUUGCGUUUGUCGAUGUUAAUAUCAACGUCAAAAAAAAUUCAUAUGUGAUAUUGGAAGCAGACAGAGGGGAGGACUGUGGGAUUGUGGUGGGUGUAACUACGAAGGAGAAGCUUGAGAAGCUGCUUAAGAGAUACGAUGACAUUUCUAAUGAAGUCCAACCAAAGAGAAUAUACAGGCUGGCCACGCUUUUAGACCUUGAGGCAUUGGAAAGAAAAAGAAGUAUGCAGACAAGGGCGCUAGAGUUUUGUAGAGAAAGGGCCAUGUUGGGCGGACUGGAUAUGGAAGUUGUCGGAUGUGAAUACCAGUGGGAUCUCAACAAGAUUACUUUUUAUUUUGCCAGCGACGAGAGGGUUGAUUUUAGAGAGCUGGUAAAGGAGUUAUAUAGAGUGUAUAAGACAAGAAUAUGGAUGUGUGCCAUUGAAAAGUCAAAGAAUAAGUAUUUGAAGGAACUUAUCGAACUUUAG